ACCCAGCGCGGGAGGCGGUGCCAGUCAGAAUACGGGUGGGGAAAAAAGUCUUUCUCCUUCCCUUUUUGCACCAGUGCACCAGUAUAUAAAUUCCUCCAGCCAAACCGUAUCGUUGGACUGCACCGCAAGAGCAAAGAUCCUGCAACAACUGACUGGCAAAUACGAGAGAAAUAAGAAGAUGCUGAAGAACGUGUUUGGAAAGAUCACGGCUCUGUUCAUCUGCACGCAAGUGGCGCUGUGCUCCGUGGCGCGGGCGCGCUGCCCCGCAGUCUGCAGCUGCCCCGAGAAACCGGCCGCGUGUGCCCCCGGCGUGCAGCCUGUCCUGGACGAGUGCGCAUGCUGCAGCGUGUGCGCGAGACAGCUCGGAGAGCCCUGCUCCCAGCGCGCGCCGUGCGAUACCCACCAGGGUCUCCGCUGCGAUCGCAAGAGCGGAGUGUGUGUAGCUCAUAAGGGAGACUCCUGCAUAUUGGAUGGUGCUGUCUACCGCAAUGGGGAGACCUUCUUCCCGAGCUGCAGCUAUCAGUGCAUGUGUAGGGAGGGCUACAUCGCCUGCGUACCACGCUGUAACCUAGAAGUGAUGCUCCCAGGGCCUGACUGUCCUCAUCCACGGAAGGUCCAAAUCCCAGGAGAAUGCUGCGAGAAGUGGGUGUGUGAGCCUCAGGCCGAGGCCACUGUCCUGGGUGGCUUCGCCAUGGCAGCAUACAGGCAGGAGGAGACGGUGGGUUUCGACCAGUGGGAUCCCAGCAUAAACUGUAUCGAACAGAUCACAGAGUGGAGCGCCUGCUCAAAGACAUGUGGCAUGGGUGUUUCCACUAGGGUGACCAAUAAGAACCAGCGCUGUGAAAUGGUGAAACAGAGCAGGCUAUGCAUGGUCCGGCCCUGUGACGAUCUGAAGGAGCAGAGAGCCAAGCAGCAAGGGAGCAAGUGUCUUAAGACCAAGAAGAGUGCCAAAGCUGUCCACUUUACCUUCAAGAACUGCACCAGCAUCCAGGCCUUCCGGCCUCGCUUCUGCGGCCUGUGCGCUGAUGGCCAAUGCUGCACACCACAUAAAACCAAAACAGCUCAGGUGGAGUUCCAGUGCCUGAACAACAGAGUGGUCAAGAGGCCUGUGAUGUUCAUAAACACCUGUGUUUGCCACCACCACUGCCCACGAGACAACGCAGUCCAGCAACCUACUACUGACAUUAACAACUACGGUCUUUAGCUCUGAGAAUGGGCUUCUUAGAUGAGCACAAGUGCAGGUUAGAUGAAGGCACUUACUCUUCAGAGUGCAACAACAGUAAAGAUGGCUUAUGCUGCACACGUAGGGUUUCCAUAUACUGACUCCCUUUGAUUGUCCAGAGGGCUUUUUUACUGUAUUAUUUCUUAAUACUUUGAGUUUUCAUCUAUGGUCUUAACCUGAUGAAAUUAUAAGCCCCUAGCAAACAGAAAUGAGUUAUGAGUAUUCCAUCAGAAAGAAAAGGAGGAAAGCCCCAGUUUUAGCUCUUUGUAAAUUUGGGCAAACUACACAACUUUGUACAUCCUAAGCAUCUCUGUGUAGUCAUCUAUUUCCGGUCCCCUCCACCCCAUCCAUAUAAUCAUUAGAUUAGAAUAACAAAGAUAAAACUGGUCCUACAGUUAUAUGGUCAAAUUACUCCUGGUCAAAUUUUGUUAAUUGAAACAAAGACAUCCUCUACAGAGAACACACUUCUGCACAUUGUAAUGUACAGUUACUGUUUGUUUGCUGAAUUUAACAUAUUGGAAAAAAUUUAGCAUAUAAUGCGGCCUGUGCAAAAGUUUUUAUAAUUUUUCAAUAUGGCAAAGGCCGUAAAUAAGUAGAACUUGUGCAUUUUGUAGAAAAUGCCAUGUUUAAGUUUGUUUGCUGUAAAGGAUGUGUUGACUUGUUUUCACUUAUAAAAAUCAACAAAAUGACUGGGAGUGUUCAAACUUUUAUGACCGUAUGUCUGCAUCCUUCUUUGAGGGGUUGAAAGUCCUCAUAACAACUCCUGGUCUAAAGACUGCGUCUAGCAACGUCCCAUAAAUUCCUCUAGUGGACGGUUUGCAUAAGGAUGACCCCUCCCAGGCCCUGUCCUCAAUAAAGGUGAAGCAAAGGGCCUCAUGACAGAGAGUGUGCAGUGUGUCUAAGGUCAAAGGUCGCUCACAAAGCGAAGUGACAUUCUCCUGUGGUCAUAUUUGUUUUUCGCUGUGGUAAAAAGGGGGUCAUUUUCUGUUAGAGGCCUUUCUAAUGAACUAAAUUAAAUAUGCAUUUGAUAAUCCAUCCCUUGUUCACAAAACGUCUGUAGACAGUUGUUGAAUAGUUUGUGUAUGUUGUACUCACUUGUGGUGUUACUUUGCUAACCCGUGUGAAUGAGAAAUGUCUGUAGUCCAAUGUUUGUGUACGUUCAUAUGAUCUGAUAGAAAUUUCACACAGCUUCUCCAGCGUUGAUGAUGACUUGUAUUGUUUUCAAUAUGUGUUAUUUCAUAAUAAACAUGUAUUUUUCUAUACAUUUUAAAUGUAUUUAUUAAUGUAUUUUAUUGAAGAAAAGGCCUCUAUGUAUACAUUCACUUGGUAUACUGGAAUAUCCUGGAAUCUACUCCAAUACCUACCCUAACCAACACUACACAUAAUCUACUCUAAUACCUAUC